UGUUUACCAAAAUACUGUCAAACUGAGCCCACCCAAAGCAGUAAACAGGAAUGCUAGCUGUUGGGAAGCAUUAUUUAAACGUUCGUUUGCGUUGUUCUGUGUAGACGGACAGUUACCCGUUUGGAGGCAAUGGAAGAAGACAUACUGACAACGUUAAAAAUACUAAUCAUCGGAGAAAGUGGGGUCGGAAAGUCCAGCCUCCUCCUAAGAUUCACGGAUGACACAUUUGACCCGGAGCAAACAGCCACAAUAGGUGUUGAUUUCAAAGUGAAGACCAUCAGUGUAGAUGGUAAUAAGGCAAAGCUGGCUAUAUGGGACACUGCUGGACAGGAGCGUUUCAGAACCCUGACACCUAGUUACUACCGUGGUGCACAGGGAGUCAUCCUAGUGUACGAUGUCACGAGGCGAGAAACUUUUACCAAACUGGAAAACUGGCUCAAUGAGCUGGAGACAUAUUGUACAAGGAAUGACCUUGUGAAAAUGCUCGUUGGAAACAAAAUAGAUAAGGAAAACCACGAGCUUGACAGGGCCGAAGGCCUGAAGUUUGCAAGAAAACAUUCCAUGCUUUUUAUAGAGGCGAGUGCAAAGACCCGCGAUGGCGUUCAGUGUGCGUUUGAGGAGCUAGUAGAGAAGAUCAUCCAGAGUCCAGGAUUAUGGCAGAGUGAGAGCCACGGCAGAGCAGUCCAGCUCACCGAUGAGGACGCGGGAGGUGCCAGCUGCGGUGGAUACUGCUCGCUGUUCUAAACAACAUGCGCAUACACACAAAGCAUUUUUCCAACGAACAAGUGUGAAUACCCAACACACUGACACAAACCUCUGCUUCCGUCCUCCUCCCCUCGCUUGUUGUGUAAUCGCGAGCUGAGAACCCAGACUGUGGGCUGGAUCAUCCACCCUGCCUGUGUUCACACAGGCGUUACUGUUUGCACAUGUUCUUGAUAAAGGUGCGCUUGAAAUGCAAAAGCUGCUCAACCUUGAUCUGAACAACACAGGAUGUGUGUGAUGUGUUCGUCUUGCCUCAUUUUGAAUUGGCGUUCGUGGAGUUGCAAGAUUUUGGGAAAGAUCAUUUGUCAGUCUACACUCUGCAACUCAUUUCUUCUUGAAAGGAGGCAAGUGUGAUGAAUUAAACCAAAAGUGUGUAAAAAAUGUCCUUCCUAAGUAGGAUCAUAGAAUUAUAUUGACCAAGUGUAUUUUUUGUUGCUAUUGAAGGAAUAUCUUGCUUGAGCUGGCUGAUCUGUAUUGAAGCAGGUACCGGUGCUUCGCAACAUGGACAAAUGUAUUGGGACACCAGGCCAUUACUCUUACACAAACUGAAAUUGAGAAAAAUACACCACCUUGCUUCUUAAAGCAACUUCCGCUCCUCCAAUUCUUGAUGGGAUUGGGAUCAGGGCUCUUAAGUGCUUCUACACCAAACUCAUCCAAUCUCAAGACAGAAAUGGACCUCCUCCAAACGCAAAGCUUGAAGUAUAGAAUUGUUCAAAAAGUCUUGGUGAACUAAACAUUUAAGGUCAAGCCAGGCAGCCAUCCCCUGAUUCAUGAAUUAGUUGGUGAAGACAGGUGUCCCAAAACCUUUGUCCUUAGUAUUUCCAGUAUACACCACACUUUGCGUAUGGAGAUGUUCUAUAAUGCCAAACCAUCUUGAAGUCCCUCGCAACACUCUGUGAACGGCUUGGAUCCCGCCCACACUACUGCCUCAUUUGCUCCGUUUAUAAUAGAUUUAGCAAGUGUUUUGGAUGACAUUUUACCACUUUUAUUGACUUUGACUUCUAAAGCUGUGGUGUUUUUUGUCAUGAGUGGAUGAAUCAAAUGUAUCGGCACCAGAAAAAAGCUUUCCACCCAACACCGAAGACGGGAGCGCCUCUUAGUCAAUGUGGCACUUCAAUAGAGUGCGAGACACUCUGGCGCUCCCUCAUUCAGACAGAUAAUAUCAGUGAUAUCACCAACAGGACUGCAUUCUGUCAUGAUGAAGGAAAAGUGUUCAAUAUGAAACAGUCCAGCAAGUGUUGCCUAAAUUUGAAGAGUCAAAAAAGGCUGUGCUCGGUGUCCCGCAUUGCUAAUGGCUUUAACAGUAGUGCUGGUGUUGAAUCUGGGAAAUGUAUAGUAAGUAGUUCUGAGCAUCUGAGCUUAUAACACAGGGAUUGUGAAAAUGACACAAAUAGCCUGCUACAAUGUCUAAUCACAAAUGGGAUUUGUUUUUUGUUUUUAUUUUCUUUACUUGCAUGUGGAACUGCCUUGCCAUAUAUUGUUUUGGCCUGUCUUGUCAACUUAGAUUUAGCUCAUAAGAGUGAAUAGGUUUUAGCAACAGAGUGUUAUUGAACACAAAAGGAAGAAUUGUUUGAAUAGUUAUAUUACUGCAUACUCCUGUUAUGUCUGCCAUUUUUUUUUUAUGUUCAGAGAUAUGAAACAAUUAAUGUGUACAUUUUGUGGAGUUUAGCAAUUAAAGGGAUCAUUCCUAAGUUGUAAAGAUGAAUGUAUACAUAUUCACUACAGACUGCCCGAUCUAUUAAAACUAUUGUUUUUUUAAAGUAAAAAUGUCGCUGUUACACACACUUCAAGCUAUGUUGAGGCGCUGUUAAUGCAAUAAACAAUAAUGGAAAGGAA